GAGCGUUCACCCUGGACAGGUUUGAGUAUUUUCCUUUUGUUUCAGAAUUAACUUAAUCGCUUUCCGUGGAAAACGUUUGUAAUAUUGAUUCGGUAUGCCACUUGAUUUCGAAAAAAAGCGAGGAAUUAUGGUGCAUUGACUUGGCUAUGGGGCAACACGACCAUUGUAUCAGUAGUGAUGCCAUGCAAAUUACAACACCUGCUGUCAGCAGGCAUCCCACCUGAGAGACCGGUUGGCCCAAUAUAGGAGCUACCAUGUGGCCUGUUCUGAAGCUGCUCCUGCUACAAGCCAUCUGCUCUGCCCAGAGAGGCGUCCUCACCGAGGGGAAGCAGACCCAGCAGGCAGGCCACGUGUCGGUGGUCAUCGUGGGGGGCACGGGGGACCUGGCCAAGAAGUACCUGUGGCAGGGGUUCUUCCAGCUGUACACCUCGCAGGCCGGCAGCGGACACACCUUCUCCUUCUACGGCGGUGGCCUGUCGCCAGACGACCAGGGCACGCCCGUACUCUUCGACAUCCUGAAGCAUGUGGCCUGUUCCCCGGACACGCCCGUGGAGCGCUGCGCUCUGCUCAAGGACCAGUUCCUGCACCUGGUGCAGUACCGGCAGCUGAAGACCCCGGAGGACUACCGGGCGCUGGGCCGGCACAUCCAGGAGACCCUGCAGGGGGAGGGCAUGGUGGAGGCGGGCCGGCUCUUCUACCUCUCGGUGCCGGCGUUCGCCUACGCGGACAUCGCCGACCAGGUGAACAGCAGCUGCCGGCCGGCUGGCGGAGCGUGGUUGCGGGUUGUUCUGGAGAAGCCGUUCGGUCAUGAUCUGAGCAGCGCACAGACACUGGCCACUCAACUCGGGGGCUCCCUGAAGGACGAGGAGAUGUACAGGAUCGACCAUUACCUGGGGAAGCAGGUUGUUUCAAAUAUACUGCCGUUCAGAAAAGUCAACCAGAAGUUUUUGGAUCCUAUUUGGAACAGGCAACAUAUUGAGAGAGUGGAGAUUGUACUCAAAGAGACCCUGGAUGUAAAAGGUCGGAUUCCUUUCUACGACCAGUACGGGGUGAUCCGAGAUGUGAUGCAGAACCAUCUCACUGAGAUCAUGACCUUGUUGACCAUGAAGGUGCCCCAGAUUCUCAGCAGCUCGGAGGAGGUCCUCCGCAACAAGCUCCAGAUCUUCAGCCAUCUGCAGCCCGUGGGCACCAAGCAGGCCGUGAUUGGCCAGUACCAAGCCUAUACAGCGGAGGUCCGAGAGGAGCUGAACAAGACCACCGAUCAGUUCAGUGUCACACCAACCUUUGCUGCGGUCAUGGUGCACAUUGAUUCCGCGCAGUACGACGGCGUGCCCAUCGUCCUGUCCUCGGGGAAGAUGUUGGACGAGCGGGUGGCCUACGCACGGGUUCUCUUCAAGAAUGACGUCUUUUGUGUGCAGAACCCCGACCACAUUCACUGCAAGCCCAAGCAGAUCAUCUUCCACUUUGGACACGGCAGUCUGGAGCACCCGGCCGUCCUCGUCACCAAGAACCUCUUCAAGCCGGAGCUCGUCGACGGCGAGUGGAGGGAGGUGACGGAGCACAAAGACACCACUGUCCUGGGCUUCCCCUUCUCGGACUACUACGUGCAGGCCCCCAAGGUGCAGCGCGAGCCGUACGCGGAGCUGAUCGGCCACAUACUAAGCGGGAGGAAGGACUGUUUCAUCAGCGCCGAGAACCUCCUGGCCUCCUGGGGCUUGUGGACCCCACUGCUGCACAGCCUGCGGGGCUCCUACCCCCGCAUCUACCCGGGGGGCGAGGCCAACGGCAACCUGCUGGACCUGCGCUUGAGCGCCACGGAGCUCAGCUACGCCAGCGACUCGGUGGUCAUCAUCAGCCCCGAGACCAUGGGCGGCACGGCGUCGGAGAGCUUCCAGGUGACGCAGGGGAAGUUCCGCGGCGACGACAUGGUGUCGGCCUGGGGGGAGGAGCUCAUCGUGCGGCUGGCCACCGACCUGCAGGCGGCGGCGGAGGCGGCGGUGAGCGAGGGCGGGGCCUUCCACCUGGCGCUCUCCGGCGGCUCCAGCCCGCUGGCGCUCUUCGAGCGGCUGGCCCAGCACCACCUGAGCUUCCCCUGGAGGGAGACCCACGUGUGGAUGGUGGACGAGCGGUGCAUGUCCCUCCGGGAGCCCGAGUCCAACUUCCACAGCGUGCACGAGCACCUGCUGCAGCACAUCCGGAUCCCGUACUACAACAUCCACCCCAUGCCGGUGAUGCUGCGCCAGCGGCUGUGCGUGGAGGAGGACGGCGGAGCGCUGCUCUACGAGAAGGAGAUCGCCCACGCCGUCAACGGCUCGGCCUUCCACUUUGUACUGCUGGGCGUGGGGCUGGACGGCCACACGGCCUCCCUGUUCCCCGGGGAGAAGGCCCAUGAGAGGCACGGGGACAGCCUGGUGGCGCUGACGGAGAGCCCCGUCAAGCCCCACCAGCGCAUGAGCCUCACGCUCAAGGCCAUCAACAAGGCCCAGAGGGUGGGCCUGCUGGUGAUCGGCAAGCUGAAGCACGAGCUGCUGACCCAACUGAGCCGGGUGAAGAACAAGCCCAACAAGUGGCCCAUCACCGGGGUGCACCCGGCCAACGGCAAGCUGGUCUGGUACCUUGACUAUGAUGCACUUUUAGGGUAAAGGGAUCACAGCGUCUGUUUACUCCUUUUUGAACUUUGUGCUGGCUUUUGACCUAUAAUGCUUAGAGUAAAACUACAAUUUGACCUCCCCCAAAAUCAUUUUUUCCACCCCGAAUGAUCCCCAAAACACUAUUUUUGGUCCAGAAAUAGCAAAUAAAUUGCUGCUCUUAACAGCUUAGACCAGCAGUUUACAUGCAUAGCCAUUUAUACAUUUUUUAGAGCUAUCAAAUAUGCAUGGCUGUUUGCAAACAUCCAACCUUUCUUUGAACUUGGUGUUGUAAUUUGUAUUGAGGUACUUUGAUACAAUACCCAUUUGCUUGAGUCUGGAUCAGAUGCCUGAUACAGCGAAGGGUUAAGGAAAACUCAAAGAUUGUUUAUUUCAUCCUAUUUUGAUUCAUUCGAUUUUCCAGGUUUUUAUGGUUUGUAUGAUUUACAAUUUAUGAAAAUGAUUACAGGGUUAGGGAUCAGGGUCUAAAAUACGUAGCAGUCGGACAAUCUAUCGAUUUAUACUACUAAUUGUGUGUGUGAGAAAUGUCUUUCAAAUUAAAUCUCAGGUGAGUAAAAUCUACUAAGCUGCAUUGUAGAAUUAUAUUUUUAUACUGUUGGGACUCUUCUAAUGGUGGUUUUAAAGCACAUUGCCUAGGUGUGUGUUUUAUCCUCAUUUUCUUUGAGAUUUGACUUGCAUUAAAACAUUACUAUUAAAUAUAGUAAAGAUUUAUUGUAAAUUCUAUGUAGCCAUAGUUCAUUGAUAUCCAGCUUUAGAUUUUUAACAUUAGCCUCGAUCCUCAUCCUAGUCAUACGGAUGGAUCAAAAGCCAAAUGUUGAAUGAAUCCUUUUAGCAUUGAGCGUGUUGAACUAAACGGCACCCAUUGAAAAGGUCAACCAAAAGAGUUUAUAUUUGGCAUAGUUUCAGACUGAAGCUUAGAAUGUGUAGGGAGGGGGUCGAAAGCAGUCCGUCGACAACCAGUUUUAGACAGGUAUUUUCCCAUGACAUCUGAACUAUGUACUGCCGCCAGUGAAAUGUCGGAUGCCAAUAUGAAGCUAGAAGGAGUUACAGCCACAUAUUAUCAAGUUAAUUGUUUAUGCAUCUUGUUGCAGUUGGAUGAGGAAAGUUUGCUUACGGGUAAACAAAAAAUGAAUAUCUGAUGAGAAGAAAGUCUUGGUAAGAAGAAAAAUUUGGGUUUUCUGAAUGAGAAAUGGUCUAUGUGGCCUUGCUAAAAUAAUCAAUAUUUAUAUUUGAGAAAAUAAUUUAUUUUGAGUGCCUAAAUAGGCACUCUUUUAUUGAGUUCAAGAUGGUGGCAUGACCAAAAUGCCCAAAUCACAAGCAAAAGUACACAAUACCCUAGAAAGCUGUUAAUGUACUGUUAAAUAAUUAAAUUGUAAGGCAUGCAGUGGAUAAAUGAAACAAUUCCUCUUUACACAACUUGUGUGUACUUUAUCAAUAAAACAGAAUCAAUAAAACUAAA